AUGGCAAAGAGAACAUCACAACCUACUUCGACCUGCGCGGAAGACAGGUGGGAAAUUCUUGGCUUCUGCCAAGAUUGUCCCGCCCAUAAUCACAGUGAAGGGAAUACCUACUGUUCCGGCAAAAUUCCGAAUUUACUGAAGCAGCAGGAACGAAGAGCGGAGCUGGAAUGUGGUUCCCAGACUUGCAGCACAGACUCCGGCUACUUCCCGGACGAUGGUCCCGAGGCCGGGACAAAAUCGAAGCUCUUUAGGCGGUACAGGGUGUUAGUGCACCCGCUAGGACACAGCAUUAUCGGACUGAAAUCAUCUGUCCACACAUACCUGCCGAACAAGUCAAAAUUUUCACCGCAAAACCAUCAACUCUCACUUCCCUCCGUCCUGUUUAAAAUACACCAACUGUUCUCCGGGGACCUUCCUGCCACCGUUCAGGUGGUUGUGGAAAGGACAGGCCAUGACGUAAAUAGAGAUGGUCGCGGCCAAGGUAAGGACCCCAGGAGUUUGACCGCGCGCGAGUGGAACAUGGAGAGGAGACCUAACAUAUUGCUGACAGGUACUCCAGGUGUUGGAAAGACUACCCUUGGUAAAGAAUUAGCUGGAAGAACUGGAUUUACAUACAUUAAUGUGGGAGAACUUGCAAAAGAAGGUAAUCUUUAUGAAGGCUAUGAUGAGGAAUACUCGUGUCCCAUUCUGGAUGAAGACCGGGUAGUUGAUGAGCUUGAUGAUAAGAUGAGUGAAGGUGGGAUAAUUGUGGAUUACCAUGGUUGUGACUUCUUUCCGGAGCGCUGGUUCCACAUUGUGUUUGUACUUCGUACAGAUAAUUCAAUUUUAUACGACCGAUUGGAAAACAGGAGUUACAGUGGAAAGAAACUUGAGGACAAUAUACAGUGUGAGAUUUUCCAGACUAUAUAUGAAGAGGCUAUGGAGUCGUAUCAGGAGGAGAUUGUCCAUCAGUUACCCAGUAAUAUACCGGAGGACCUGGAAAGAAAUUUGGAUCAGAUCGUACAAUGGAUUGAACGGUGGAUGAAAGAUAACAAUUGAAUUUUGGCAAUUAUAAAUGUCCUUGUGCUAAGAAAAUGGACUUGCGUACAAAUGCCAAAUGUAAUCUGACAAAAUUGCGGAUUUUCUUUGAGCUGUCUUUACAGUGGUAUUUUCAGCAGCAGAAGAACAAAGGACUUUUAGGCUAUAUAGAGAUUUAAUUAAUUAUCAGAUAUUUACAUUCAAAAUUCAGUGGUGCACAUUGUAUAUAUUUUGCUUAUGGAUUAACAUUUAUGAAGACAGACUGUAUUUUUUCAUUUAUAAAUCCAGUGCCUAUUCUAAAUGAACUACUUAUGUAGAUAAGACUUUAAAAAAUGAUCAAUGCAUAAAAUAUUGUACAUUGAGAACAGAUACAAGUUGCAGAAGCUUUUCAUCAGGACAAAUGCAAGAAAGCCAAAUUUACACCAGCUGUAUUCCCAGUGCUUCGUUCGUGGCAGUGCCUCGACUAACCAGAGUAAACUUGCCAACCAAUCAGAAUCUUUUUCUCCCGUGGUGUAAAUUAUUGGUUGUCCAAAUUUGGCAAACUUAUGUUCGUGCUGACAAAUAAGUUCUAGACGUAUUCAAGAUACAUAUUCCAUGUUUCCCUUUGAAAGGAGAAAGGCAAGAUUAAUUAAGAACGCUGAGGUAUUAAACUUGAACAGGAAAGCUUGAUACAAUACUGCACCAACGUGAAAAGGUGACUGAGUAUUUGUUCAAAGUAGAUGUAACCAUUCAUUCAAAUUUAAUAUGUUUUAAUUUACUCACUUGGUGUUAGAUUUUAAAUUAAAAUCAAAAUAGUACUCCAUGCAUAAAGUACUCAUUCAAUUUUCUCUGUUCUAAUUUAUCAACUCCAAUAAAAAGAAUUGGUCAUGA